CCCCUCAUCUUCACCCAUGUCCGGCCAGUCCCCAGUCGCGCCCGCCGUCCCCUUGCCUCACCGCAGAGGAUCCACCACCCUCGCGAACAGCAAGCCACCCGUCUGGUCGAUCAACAAAUCCGUCGGCCCGCAACCCGCCCCGCUCCCCGCGAAAUGCGACCGCCAUGAAACAGUGCGCUCAGGCGUGUGCUGCAAAGAGCUCAAGGGCGACGAUGAACGCACCUUGAUUGACCCCGACGUGGUCCGCGACGUUGUGAUUGGCCUAUCCGACGGCCUGACAGUGCCCUUCGCGCUCACGGCGGGCCUCUCCUCCCUCGGCGAGUCCAAGCUAGUCAUCCUCGGUGGCAUCGCGGAGCUCAUCGCCGGUGCCAUCUCUAUGGGCAUCGGCGGCUUCCUCGCAACACAAGCCGAACGCGACCACUACCGCUACCUCCGCAAAUGCACAUCCGCGCGCGUCCUGCGUUCAUGCGACGGCGAGAUGGAACGCGAAGUACACGCCGUCCUUGGCCCCGUGGGCGUCGACGAGAAGGUCUCGCGGCAGGUCGCAUCCUGUCUGCGGGACGUCGAGUUUAGCUCUGGUCCGUCCGACGAGGGCGAGUCGAGCAGCGGACACCGAUCAAAUCGCGCAAGCACAGCGAGCGACGCGACGCUCGCUGCGGAAGAAGGCGGCGAGCUCCGAUGGUCGCGAGACGUCGGCCUCACCGCGUUCCUGCUCAAGUUCGGCGAGGGCCUCGAAGACGUAUCCACCGCGCGAAUGUACGCCUCGGCAUUCACCAUCGGCAUGGGCUACCUCCUCGGCGGCCUCAUCCCCCUCCUCCCCUACUUCUUCGAGCCCAUCGCGCACAUCGCACUCAUCUACUCCUGCAUCCUCACCGGCAUCGUCCUCCUCAUCUUCGGCGCGGUGAAGGCGCGCGUCACUGGGGCCGGUGCGGGCGCGGGCGGGUACGUCUGGGGCGCGGUCAGCACACUCCUGGUUGGGGGCGCAGCCGCGGGCGCUGCGUACGGGAUCGUCGCCGCGUUGGAGGGAUAGCCGCACAUUAGGGAGCGGUUCGGACGUUGGUCUUGGGGAUACACGUGUACGUUACAGGAAGAUUAUUGUAGUGUUUGUGCUUGUUUCACCCGAGCUAGUUCUUCUUUCUCACUAGACAUACUUCACGUCUCGGCUGUAGGAUCCGUUCGCUAGGCCUUCACGGUUCUCCUUUUUUUUCCCGUUUUUAACGUAAGUUGAGAAACGGGAGAGAAAGGGAUCGUGAGAAGCAAGGGCUCCCUCUUCAGUGUCGCUACAGCGGAGGAAAAAAUCCGUCGAGGACUGAUAGCUGUGGGGAUUGGUCUUGGAUAUGUGUCUCAUCUAUGUGUAGUGUCGCUCGCGGAUCCACAGCUUAUAGCAUGACCCUGGCAAGGACCUUUCAUUCUCAG